GAUGCGAGGCUAACAUGUAAAAUACAAAAGAAAUCACACUUUCUUGAUGGAAUCUGUGGCAUUUCUUUUAUACUUCCAUGUUAGCCUUACAUUUGAGACAAUUUUAAGAAGGGUUCAUUAUAGACCCAAUUUAUAGUUGAGGGGUGGGGUUAYGCAGUACCCAUCACUGGAUUGAAGGAAAUGCUGGAUUUUGUCUUCAAAUAUCUCCCAAAGAAUUAGCCUGCAUGCAGAGAAGAAAAGUCCUGCUGCACGCAAGAUACCAAAGAAUAAACGAAUAGGCAAAUCACAGAAAUUGAUCACUGUCACUGCAAGUGUUUAAACAAGGUAUUUCUCAAAAAUAAUCGAGUACACAGCCAAGCAGUUUUGGAAAAAAUCUUGUUGCAGGAGGUGGUUUACCAAUAACAUUGGGUUCCUAUUGGGUUCUUCAAUAAGAUUUAUUUUAUUUUAUUGCUAUUGGUUUUAAAAAAAAAAAAUUGUUGGGGAAAAUUUAAGAUUCGAAAUUCAAUACUUUUUGGAUUGGGGUACCUGUGGUAAUCUGAGCAACAUAAAUAAACACUCGCUGCCAUAGCAACUCCACAAGGGAUUACAAAAUGGCGCCGUGUCAGAAUUUGAUCUUGGCGAAGAAAAAAGGCGCAAAAUAACUCAAACAAUUCUAUUUAUUCGUCUAAUUUAUCUAACCUGUAAAUAAAACUUAAACAUGGACGAUCCGAGGAUAGAAUGGAUGCGAAAUAAGGUGUAUUUAGGAGUGGGGAUCACAGAUCCAGAAGUGUUUGAAGAUCUACUCGCAAGAGACGAGGGCAAAAGUGAGAGCGAGAUGCUUAAAUUUCUCAACGAAGAUCCUAAGGAAGGAUGCUGUUUGCUCUUUUAUUCAAUGCUACGGGAAGAAGAAGAGGAAAUCGAGGUGGAAGCAGAGCCAGAAAUGCCUGAGCUAAUGGACAAUAACAAUGAAGCUGACAAGACUUCUGAUGGUGAGAGUGCUGAGGGCAACGAUCUCGCUAUGGAGAGGGUAUCUACUGCCGAGGGGGGUGCCAGUAAUGCUGAAGGACCCAAGCCAGAAGAUGGAAUUGUGGCUGAAGGCGGUCAGACUAACUCAGAGGGUGGAGAGAUGGCCAUGGUUCCUGUUGAUGGAGUUGCUGAGGAAGAAGGAGGGGAGCAACCAGUAACACCAAAACCCCCAGCUACUAAAAUUAUUAUCCAAAAAGUUGUAAGGACAGUGUUGUUCAUGAGCUACGAGCAUCUGCCAGAAGACUUUGUAGAUGGAAGUGCCUUCUACUUUGUGCGCAACACCAAAGGACCAGUUCCUCUGCCAUCCAACAUCUUUGAAGCUGAAGACAUUUUACCACCUCUCUUUGAUUUUGGCUCUCUCAAUGACCAAAGCCUCCUAACGUUGGAACAGUUAUUGACUCUCGUAUAUAUGCCACUGCUAUCCCAUAAUGGUGCUAAUAGGUCAGAAGGCUCUGAUGUAAAUAGCUCUGAUCAACGCCGUGGAAGCAACCAGACAUCUGCCUCUGCACCUGAGGGUGAUCCUGAUGCAACAGAGGAUUCCCGUAGCAAGACUCAGUUACGUGAUGAGUUUCUGAUGAACAUGCAGAAGUUUGCGACUCACAUUAACAGAACAAUCCAUCAGUUGGAAGGAGACAUACGACUAGAAAUGCCAGAUCUUGUUCUUGGUGAGGACAUAGCAGAGAUGGCCAAAGAUUCGGCUCUUGUUGUCUCCUUAGAAGAAACACUCCAUAUCUGGGAGGUCACUAUUUCGUCUGCACUGGAACAACAGCUCAAGAAAACACCACAAGGUAAUGGCCCUUUAGCAGAAAUUGACUUCUGGAGGGAACGCAAUGCUACUCUUAGUGCAAUCGCUGAGCAACUAAAGCUUCCAACGGUCAAAAAAGUUGUAGCGGUCCUAGCAAAAUGUAACUCUGAGAGCUUGUCGGGGUUUGAGUACCACAGGGCUGAACUCAACAAGUACUACACAGAGGCCAAAGACAAUGUUCGUUUCUUGUCAACACUCGAGAGGCACUUCAAGAACCUUGCUCAUGGGGCUAACUUCAAUAUCGUGCUAGAGACUAUUCCAUCUAUGAUGAAUGCACUUAGAAUGGUCUGGAUUAUUUCACGACAUUAUAAUAGGGAUGAGAGGAUGGUGCCUUUGAUGGAGAGAAUUGCUUGGGAACUAAGUGAAAGAGUGUCUAAAACAGUCAACAUCAGAACUAUUCUAAAAGAGCCUCCAAACGUCGUAAAGCAAAAGACAUCAGAAGCAACAAAGACUCUUCUCACGUGGAAAGAAUCGUACUUCGAUGUUCGCGCCAAAAUCGAAGCCUCUGGUCGUGAUGCGCGAUGGGAAUUUGACCGCAAGCGACUUUUCGAGCGCACCGACUACAUGGCGUCCAUUUGUGAGGACCUACAAGAAGUCGCGCAGGUCAUGGAAGAAUUUUAUAAUAUUUUUGGACCGGAGUUGAAGGCCGUGACUGGCGACCCGAAGCGAAUUGAAGAUGUUUUGAAGAGGGUUGAUGGAUUAGUUCAACCUAUUGAAAACGUCGCCUUUGAUCCAUUUAGCCUACGCCAUACGGCUAACUGGCGUAACGUCAUGGAAUGGUUCCAUCGCGAAGUGAACGCUAUCGAGAACGAAGCUAAACACUUUAUCGAUGACUCGUUCAAGACGCUGCGUUCAGCUGAGGGAGCUUUUGACAUGCUGCUUAACUUCAGACAUAUCAGAUCCAGAGAAGCUAUAAACUCACAGAUGAUGAAGAAGUUUAAUGACAUCUUGCUGCAGUUUGGGAAAGAGGUGGACGCAAUGUAUUCGCUAUUCAAAUCCAAUGCAGAGCACCCACCUGUCUACAAGAACCAUCCUCCAGUUGCUGGAGCAAUAGGAUGGGAACGAUCGUUAUUCCAUCGCAUCAAACGUACCAUCUUAAGAUUCCAAGAGAUGGAGGAUAUGUUGAAUAGUGACCAAGGAAAAGCGGCGAGCAAGAAGUAUGUGAGUGUUGCUCGGCUGAUGAAAGAUUACGAAGACAAAAAAUACAAUGCUUGGAGAGAACAAGUAGAGGCAAAUCUGUUGAUCUACCUCAAGAAAAACCUGCUAACCAAACCAUCGACUGGUUCAGCCACUACACACAGAAGCAUGGCAGAUGAUGCUACAACAUCUGAGGAUACAGCAGAACAUCAUCAUGCUCCACAUCCCAACGUCCAGUAUGUUGUAGACUUCUCCGCUGAGAUGGGUGAGAUCAUUACAGAAACCAAGUAUCUUGAACAGCUCGGAUUCCAAGUUCCUGAGUUGGCAAGAAACGUUGCUUUGCAGGAGGAGAAAUAUCUCAAAUACGUGGAUGGAUUGAAAAUGAUGCUGGAGCGAUAUCACUCAGUCAYCGUGAGCUUGGACGUAGCAGAGACUCAACUUCUCGACGACCACAUUAAAGAGUUAAAACGAGUGCUCAAACCAGGAGCCAAGAGGUUGAACUGGAACUCUCUUGGAAUAAGCGACUACAUCACUCGCUGUGGCCAGGCGAUCGGUAAGUUCGAGUCGUUGGUAAACCAGAUUCAAAAGAACGCAAAGGACAUCAACAGUCGGUUGGAGAUGAUUGAAAAUAGCGAGCUGUUCAAGCCCUCGCCUCCUAAAGCCAACGGCAUGCUGCCAGAUGCCAAGGAAUACUUUGAGCACUUGGAGAAGUGCCGUGGCCAUGAACUGGACGUGCUGGCCAGGAAGUACCGAGCGAUUGGUCCAUUACUGACCAAAAUGGAAGGACUUGUAGCUCACACUAAUACCGGGAGGUCACCUAAACUACAGCCUUACUAUGCUUAUUGGGAGAAUUCUGUGUACGAAGCACUCACUAAGAUGGUAACAAGAAACUUGCAGAUGUUCAACAGCCAGUUGUUGUCUAAACAGCCUCUGUUCCAGAUAGAAACAGUGCUGUCUGCACCAGAGAUUGUCCUAUCACCACCAGCCAAUGAAAUCUACAAACUGAUCAUGCAGUCUGUAAGAGACAUGGUUGAAGGAACAAAGCAGUUUGUACGAUGGAUGCACGGCACGUGUAUCGAUACACCACCCCAGCACGCUGAAGGGGAAGACGAGCCUGUGGUAUUCAGCUUCUUCACAGACAUCGCUGCUAAUCCAGCCAUUAUCGAACUGGUUACCACGGUAACCAAAAGCGUCCAGAACACCCUCGGCUCCCUUAACAAAUACCUUAAUCGGUGGAAGAGGUACCGGUUGUUAUGGAAACUUGACAAGAGUAACAUGGUAGAGAAGUUUGCAUCCAAGAAUCCCUCAUGUAUUGCGUAUGACGAGAAGCUGCAGUUUUACUCCAAUCUUGUACUCGAGGUUGGUAACCAAGCAAUGUCACGUGACGGAGACUUCGUGCGCCUCAACCUGGAACCCCUAGCAACCACCAUUCAGGCAAACGCGAGAGCCUGGGUCAAGGAACUUGGGAAAAUGCUGAAUGAAUCUGCCAGAGAAAAUCUUAUGGCUUUGAAAGGAGAACUGGAAGGUUUGGCCAACGAUCUUAAGCGUGCUCCAGACACCUUGGAAGAUCUCAAGUUCGUCCUACGAGUCAUUGCGGACAUCCGGGACAUGUCUCUUAAUGUAGAACUACGAUGCGCAGACAUCAGGGAAAGAUACCGCACACUGCGCAUGUACGAUAUUGAGGUUCCCGAGGAUGAGUUGGAAAUUUGUAACAGCAUCGAUCAAGUCUGGGAAGAUCUCUUCGCAGAGUCCAGAAGCGUGGACUAUAGUCUGGUCUCCGUCAAAGUCAAGUUCACUGAGAUCACACAAGAUCAAGUGGGCGACUUCACUAAAGAUAUUUCUAAGUUCAAGGAGAGUUUCAUAAACGAGGGACCAAGCUCAAUUGGCACAGAUCUAGACGCAGGAGUUGAACUUCUGAAGCGUUUCCAGGAGGAAUUCUCUAAAUACGAAAAGGAGCGCCAAGAGUUGACCAACGCAGAGAGACUGUUUGGUUUAUCUAUUACUAUGUACCCUGAAUUGGUUCAGAUGGAGAAGGAACUGAAAGGCCUUGAACAAAUAUUUAGCAUCUAUACUAGUCAACAGGCUGCCCGUGACGAAUGGUCCAACACACUGUGGGCAAACCUUGACGUAUCUGUUCUAUCCGAUGGUAUUGAUGGUUACCUGAAACAACUGAAGAGACUCCCCCGAGAAGUCAAGGCCCUUCCUCUCUGUCACAUCUUGGAAGAAAAGAUGAAAGAGUUUAAGAAUUCCAUCCCCUUGUUUUCUGAUCUUAAAAAUGAGGCGCUCAGGGAACGUCACUGGAAGAAACUGAUGGACAUGACAGGAAUGAAGUUCGACUUAAACCCAGACACCUUCACCCUACAAAACAUGUUCGCCAUGGAACUCCAUAACUUCAGUGACGUCAUCGCUGACAUCACAGCCAGUGCCACAAAGGAGCUCGGGAUAGAGAAGGGUAUCAGUGAAGUCAAUGAGACGUGGAGUAACAUGAAGUUCAGUGUCACCAAGUACAUGAAGGGUACCCAGGAGAGAGGGUUUGUCUUGGGUUCCGUGGAUGAGAUUUUACAGAUACUCGAUGAUAAUGCUAUGAAUUUACAGAGUAUGUCGGCCUCGAGGUUUGUGGGACCCUUCCUGGAAAAUGUUAACAAGUGGGAGAAAAGUCUGUCACAUAUUGGUGAGGUUGUCGAGGUUUGGAUGGUAGUCCAGCGAAAGUGGAUGUACUUGGAGAGCAUCUUUAUUGGUGGAGAUAUCAGAGCACAGCUUCCUGAAGAAGCCAAGAAAUUCGAUGACAUUGACAAGACUUUCAAGAAGAUAAUGGCUGAAACAGCUAAGAACCCUAAAGUACUCGAAUCCUGUCAUGCCGCAAAUCGUCUCGAUCAGCUACAGUUUAUAGUCACUGGACUCGAAAAAUGCCAGAAAAGUCUCAACGAUUACCUKGACUCCAAGAGGAACGCGUUCCCUCGGUUUUUCUUCAUCUCAGAUGAUGAGCUGCUGUCGAUUCUGGGAAGCCACGAUCCGGCUUGCGUACAGGAACAUAUGAUAAAGAUGUUUGAUAACAUCGCGAGUCUCCGCUUCCAAGAAGGAAACAACAAAGAAACUAUAGCAGCAGCCAUGAUAUCUAGUGAGGGGGAGGUGAUGGAGUUCAGGAAAGGUGUUCCUGCUGAAGGUCGUGUAGAGGACUGGAUGACUAAUGUACUGAAUGAAAUGAGAAGAACAAACAGGUUGAUCACUAAAGAAGCCAUUUAUAACUAUUGCAAUGAGGUGGCAAGAACCGAAUGGAUGAUGCAAUACCAAGGUAUGGUGGUGUUGGCAGGAAACCAAGUCUGGUGGACAUGGGAGGUCGAGGAUGUCUUCAACAAGGUUAAAAAGGGCGAUAAGAUGGCGAUGAAGAACUACGCCAAGAAGUGCCACAGCCAGAUUGAUGACCUUGUGGUCAAAGUGCGCUCAAACUUGAUCAAGAAUGAUCGCAAGAAGUUCAACACAGUGUUGAUUAUUGAAGUACACGCGAGGGAUAUUGUCGAUGGAUAUGUUAGAGACAGUAUUUUAGAUGCUCGUGAGUUCGAAUGGGAAAGUCAGUUGCGGUUUUACUGGGAGCCAGGCCCAGACGAGUUGAUGGUCCGUCAGUGUACGGGGGAGUUCGGCUAUGGUUAUGAGUACAUGGGUCUAAACGGUAGGCUGGUCAUCACCCCCCUGACUGACAGAAUCUACUUGACUAUUACUCAGGCCUUGUCCAUGUAUCUUGGAGGUGCACCCGCGGGACCUGCGGGUACCGGGAAAACAGAAACAACCAAGGAUCUCGCUAAAGCCCUCGGUCUUCUAUGCGUAGUCACCAAUUGCGGUGAGGGUAUGGAUUUUAAGUCUAUCGGGAAAAUCUUUUCUGGUCUGGCACAGUGCGGUGCCUGGGGAUGUUUUGACGAGUUCAACCGUAUCGAUGUAUCAGUACUGUCUGUCGUAUCUACCCAGAUCAAAACACUACAGACAGCACUUAUUAACAAUCUGAAGAGAUUACAGUUUGAAGGCACAGAAAUCGCUCUCGACAGCAGAAUGGGUAUCUUCAUCACCAUGAAUCCAGGCUACGCCGGUCGUACUGAACUUCCAGAGAGCGUCAAGGCUUUGUUCAGACCUGUUGUCUGUAUCGUGCCUGAUUUACAACAGAUUUGUGAAAUUAUGCUGUUCUCUGAGGGAUUUCUGAACGCGAAGGUACUGGCCAAGAAGAUGACUGUUCUCUACAAACUAGCUUCUGGACAGCUAUCCAAACAGUCUCACUACGACUUUGGUCUUCGUGCUCUCAAAGCUGUGUUAGUCAUGGCUGGAGAACUAAAGAGAGGAUCUCCUGAAUUGAACGAGGACGUGGUUCUCAUGCGUGCGUUACGUGACAUGAACCUUCCAAAGUUCGUCUUCGAAGAUGUACCCCUCUUUCUUGGACUGAUUGCUGAUUUGUUUCCCGGUCUUGACUGUCCUCGUGUUCGUUAUCCGAACUUUAACGAUGCUGUUGAAGCUGCUUUGCAAGAAAAUAGAUACGUCCUGCUUCCUCACCAGGCCGAUAAAGUUGUCCAAAUGUAUGAAACUAUGUUAACACGCCAUACCACAAUGAUUGUGGGACCCACUGGAGGAGGCAAGACUGUCGUGAUCAACACCCUUGCGCAGGCGCAGACACGUCUUAGCACACAAACAAAGCUGUUCAUCAUGAAUGCGAAGGCUUGUACGGUCAUCGAGCUGUACGGUACUCUCGAUCCUGUGACACGUGACUGGACGGAUGGUCUUCUGUCGUGUAUCUUCCGUGAAAUCAAUAAACCCACUGAAAAGAACGAGCGCAAGUACAUCGUGUUUGAUGGUGAUGUUGAUGCGCUGUGGGUCGAGAAUAUGAACUCUGUUAUGGAUGAUAACAAGCUGUUAACACUGGCUAAUGGAGAGAGAAUAAGACUGCAGAAGCAUUGUGCUUUGCUGUUUGAGGUAGCAGAUCUAAGAUACGCAUCUCCAGCCACUGUCUCACGCUGUGGUAUGGUCUACGUUGAUCCAAAGAACCUCGGCUACACGCCCUACUGGACGAGGUGGUGUAAUGCCCGUAGCAGUGAGAAGGAACGAGAAGAAUUAAACAGGCUGUUUGAAAAGUACGUGCCUGCUUCUAUUGAUCUGAUCCUUGAGGGAAUGUUGGAUGGCAAGCAAGGCAAGAAACUGAAGACUAUUAUACCACUGACUAACUUGAAUAUGGUCGAGCAGUUAGCCCACAUGUUGGACGCGUUGCUUCCUCCAGCGGAGAGUUCAACCUUUCUUGGCCCAGAUGUGACAGAAGCAGUAUUUAUUUCUUCUCUCAUCUGGUCAGCUGGUGCAGGAUUACUUGAAGAGGGACGAGUGGUUUAUGAUCAGCUCAUCAAAAGACUUGCUUCGAUGCCUCAGAACCCAGCAGAAGGUUCUGUUGUGGGACCAGGCGAAUUGCCAAGCGCGCAGGCCAACCUAUACGAGUACUUCUUUGAUACGAAGCAACUGAAGUGGGUACCUUGGAAAGAUGUUGUACCAGAAUACAUCCACAACCCUGAGCUGAAGUACAACGAGAUUCUUGUACCUACUAUUGAUACUGUUCGUACAAAAUGGCUGUUGGAGCUGAUGGUCAAUAUUCACAGACCAGUUGUGCUUGUGGGAGAGACAGGCACUUCCAAGUCUGCUACUACAGCUAACUUCUUGAAACAGCUAGACACUGAUGCAACGCUUUUACUGAACAUCAACUUUUCGUCUCGUACGACGUCCAUGGAUGUUCAACGUAACCUGGAAGCUAACGUUGAGAAGAGAACUAAAGAUACGUAUGGACCACCCAUGGGCAAGAGGUUACUGGUCUUCAUGGAUGACAUGAAUAUGCCUCAGGUUGAUGAAUAUGGGACCCAACAGCCAAUAGCACUGUUGAAACUUCUGCUGGAAAAAGGCGGCAUGUACGACCGGGGGAAAGAACUCAUUUGGAAGAAUGUUAGAGACAUUGGUUUUGUCGCUGCCAUGGGAAAGCCGGGUGGUGGUCGUAACGAGGUGGACCCUCGGUUUAUCUCUCUCUUUAGUGUGUACAACAUCACUUUUCCAUCUGAGGUCUCCCUUCGCCGCAUCUACUCAUCCAUCCUCUCUGGCCACCUCCAGUCCUUCCCUAAACCCAUCCAAGAUUUAGUAGAGCCAAUCACUACAUCCACACUCGAGUUCUACCACAACGUCGUACGAGAACUGCCUCCAACUCCAUCAAAGUUUCAUUAUAUUUUCAACCUGCGUGAUCUAUCCCGGGUAUACCAGGGGCUUUGUCAAUCCACGCCCGAUAGGUUUGACACCACGGCCAAGUUUGUGCGAGUAUGGAGGAAUGAGUGUUUGAGAGUGUUCUGUGAUCGACUCACAACUGAGGCUGAUGCCGAAACAGUCAUGGGUUUUCUUCAAAGUCUGGUCGAGAAAAACUUCAGCGAAGACACGGAACUCGUUAUGCGAGACCCGUGUCUAUUCGGAGAUUAUCGGAAUACUUUGACCGAAGACCCGAGACUCUACGAGGAUGUGGUGGAUUACGAUGCUUCUAAAGCAAUAUUUGAAGAGGUUCUAGAAGAAUACAAUAUGGAUCACGCAGCAAUGAACUUAGUAUUAUUCGACGACGCCAUCGAACAUCUAACCCGCAUCCACCGCGUCAUUCGCAUGGAUCAAGGCCACGCCCUACUUGUAGGGGUAGGGGGUAGCGGCAAGCAAAGCUUAACCAAACUAGCUGCAUUUUCAGCGGGUUGUGGCGUCUUCGAGAUCACCCUGACACGUGGAUAUGACGAGAACAGCUUUAGAGAAGAUCUGAAAGGACUUUAUCAACAGCUUGGGAUCGAGAACAAGAGAAUGGUUUUCCUCUUUACCGAUGCACAUGUUGCACAAGAAGGGUUUUUAGAGUUGAUCAACAACAUGUUGACAUCAGGAAUGGUUCCUGCAUUGUUCGCUGAUGAUGAGAAAGAAGGCAUCAUCGGACAGGUACGCGACGAGGCAAAUAAAGCAGGCAUCCCACCAGCACGUGAAUCUAUCUGGCAGUACUUUGUCACUAAGUGUGCUAACAACCUCCAUAUCGUGUUGGCAAUGUCCCCCGUGGGGGAUGUGCUGAGGACUCGUUGUCGUAACUUCCCUGGUCUGGUAAAUAACUGUAGUAUUGACUGGUUUACUGCUUGGCCUGAACAAGCUCUACACGCUGUGGCUUCUGUAUUCCUGGGAGAAAACAAUGACAAGAUUCCUGAUGAUUACCGCGAGACAGUCGUAGACCACGUUGUCUUUGUCCACCAGACUGUUGGCAAGUACAGUGUAAGCUUUCUCCAGAAACUUCGACGUGUGAACUACACAACCCCCAAGAACUAUUUGGAUUUUAUUAACACCUAUAAUAAACUAUUGGAGGAGAAGGAUAAAUAUGUGCUUGAACAGUGUCAUCGUUUAGACGGAGGUCUGAGCAAGCUUCUCGCAGCCAGCGAGCAGCUUAAAGAGCUAAACGAGAAACUUGAAGUCCAAAAAGUCGCUGUCACUGAAAAAACUGAAGCUUGCGAGACGCUGCUGGUGGAAAUCCAGCGAGCUACGGAACAAGCCAGUGAAAAGAAAGAAAUGGCGGAAGGAAAACAGAAGGAAAUUGGCGAGCAGAACAAGAUUAUUCAAGUAGAAAAACACGAUGCAGAGGAAGCGUUGGCAGAGGCGUUGCCAGCUUUAGAAGAAGCAAAGUUGGCGCUGCAAGACUUGGAUAAGUCUGAUGUGACAGAAAUACGAUCGUUCGCGAAGCCUCCACGUGCCGUCCAGAUGGUAUCAGAAUGCAUCGUUAUCCUUCGAGGUUACAAAGAAGUGAAUUGGAAAUCUGCUAAAGCUAUGAUGUCUGAAGGAAACUUCUUGAAGAGUUUGACUGAGAUGGAUGUUGAUGGAAUCACUAUUGGACAGGUCAAGAGAUGUCGAGACAUGUUAAAGGAGCUCAACACUACGAUUGAAGAAAUGAAAGAAGUCAGUAAAGCCGGUACUGGCUUGUUGAAGUUCGUCACAGCCGUCAUGGGCUACUGCAGCGUUGCCAGAGAAAUCAAACCCAAGAGAGAAAAGGUAGCCCGGUUAGAACGUAACUAUCAUCUCAGUAAACGUGAACUGGAGAAGAUAGAAAAAGAAUUGAAAGCUCUGGAGGAAGAGUUAAAGAAACUGGGAGAAAAAUACGAUGCAGCUAUGCGAGAGAAGUCAAGUCUGCAGGAAGAGGCUGAGAUCAUGGAGAGACGAUUAAUAGCUGCUGAUAAGCUGAUCUCUGGUUUGGGAUCAGAGAAAAUCAGAUGGACAAGUGACCUUGAAGAACUCAAGCAGCAGCGAAUACGUCUCCUUGGCGACUGCCUCCUUGGAGCAGCCUUCCUCAGCUACCUCGGUGCCUUUACGUGGGAUUUCCGGGGGGACAUGCUACGUGGGGAAUGGGAGAAGGAUGUCCUUGCUCGUCAAAUCCCAAUGAGUCAACCAUUUAAACUUGAAGCCCUUUUGAUCAAUGACGUUGAGAUUAGUAAGUGGACAUCAGAAGGGCUCCCCCCUGAUGAGCUGUCAAUCGAGAAUGGUAUCUUAACCACACAAGCCAGUAGAUACCCCUUGUGUAUUGACCCUCAGCAACAAGCGUUGAACUGGAUUAAGAAGAAAGAGGAGAAGAAUAAUUUAAAGGUAGUAACAUUCAACGACCAUGACUUCCUGAAGCAGCUUGAGCUAGCCAUCAAGUAUGGCUUCCCUAUUCUGUUCAAAGACGUCGAUGAGUACAUUGAUCCAGUUAUAGACAACGUACUGGAAAAGAACAUCAAAGGUGAACCUGGACGAGAGUUCGUAGUGUUGGGUGACAAGGAAGUCGAUUAUGAUUCAAGUUUUCGUUUGUACCUCAACACCAAGCUGUCUAACCCUAAGUACACACCCGCUCACUUCAGUCGAUGUAUGGUGGUCAACUAUACCGUGACCAUGAAGGGUCUUGAAGACCAGUUACUCAGUGUUAUUGUUGGCUUUGAGAGGAAAGAGUUAGAGGAACAAAGAGAGAGACUCAUUCAAGAGACAAGCGAGAACAAGCGUCUCCUGAAGGACCUUGAAGAUACUUUACUGCGUGAGUUAGCCACCUCACAAGGCAACAUGUUGGAUAAUGUGGAGCUGGUUCAGACUCUAGAAGACACUAAAACCAAGGCUGUAGAGGUAUCGGAGAAGCUUAAACUUGGAGCCAAGACAGCCAUCGACAUCGACAAGCUUCGUGACGGGUACAGACCAGCAGCAAAACUAGGAGCUGUCCUCUUCUUCGUGUUGUCAGAGAUGUCAGUUGUUAACUCCAUGUAUCAAUACUCUCUCAACUCGUACUUGGAGGUGUUCGGUUUAUCGCUGAGGAAGAGUUUACCUGAUACAAUAUUGCCCAAGAGACUUAAAAAUAUCAUGGAUACGUUGACUAUGAAUGUGUAUAACUAUGCUUGUACAGGUUUAUUUGAACGUCACAAGUUGUUGUUCUCAUUCCAAAUGACAAUCAAAAUUAUGGAAGCUGAUGGUAAAAUCAAACAAGAGGAGCUCGACUUCUUCCUCAAAGGUAACAUCGCUCUCGAGAAAAGUUCCCGCCAAAAACCGUUUCCAUGGAUACCAGAUCAAGGCUGGGAGGAUGUCAUUCGGCUGGUGUCUGUCACACCGGAAGUGUUUGCUUCGCUUGCUGAUGAUAUCGAACGUAAUGAGAAAGCUUGGAAAGAGCUGAACGACUUAGACGCCCCAGAAUCACAUCCCUUACCAGGAAAAUACGAAGAGUCCCUGUCUGACUUCCAAAGACUUCUUCUUCUGCGUUGCUUUCGUAUUGAUCGCAUAUAUCUCGCCAUAACCAACUUCGUCACGGGUCGCAUGGGCGAGAAGUAUGUCACACCUCCUGUCAUCAGCUUCGAAGCGAUCUUUGAACAAUCAACUCCAUAUUCACCAAUCAUAUUCAUCCUGAGCCCUGGUUCUGAUCCUGCGAGUGAUCUUCUGAAGCUCGCCGAACGAUCUGGCUUCGGAGGAAACAAGUUGAAGUUUCUUGCUAUGGGACAAGGACAAGAAAAGCUUGCUCUUCAACUCCUGGAGACCGCAAUAGCACGUGGUCAGUGGUUGAUGCUUCAAAACUGUCACUUACUCGUCAAAUGGCUGAGAGAACUGGAGAAGGUUCUGGAACGAAUCAGCAAGCCUCAUCCUGACUUCCGUCUGUGGUUGACAACAGAUCCUACCCCUGAGUUCCCUAUUGGAAUCCUGCAAAGAUCACUCAAGGUCGUCACUGAACCACCUAAUGGACUUAAACUAAACCUACGCAGCACCUAUCACAAGAUAUCCAAUCAAAUGCUCGCUGACUGCACUCAUCCAGCCUUCCCACCUCUGGUCUUCGUACUUGCAUUCUUCCAUGCUGUGGUACAAGAAAGACGAAAAUAUGGAAAAUCUGGCUGGAACAUCGCGUACGACUUCAAUGAAUCUGACUUUAGAGUUUGCAUGACGUUGCUAAACACAUACUUGACCAAGUCUUUGAUAAAUACCGAUGUGAAGAUUCCAUGGGCAAGUUUAAAGUAUCUGAUUGGAGAGGUGAUGUACGGUGGUCGUGUGAUCGACGACUUCGACCGGCGUGUCGUCAAGACCUACAUGGACGAAUACAUGGGUGACUUCAUUUUCGAUACCUUCCAACCUUUCCAUUUCUACAAGAACGAAGAGGUGGACUAUUGUAUUCCCAAGGGGGAGGGGGGUAAAAUCGAAGCCAACCGUGACGUGUAUGUUGACAACAUCGAGACCUUACCAUUGGCUAAUACCCCGGAUGUUUUUGGACUCCAUCCUAACGCAGAGAUUGGUUACUACACCAAUAGUGCUAAGGAUAUGUGGCUCAAACUCGUUGAACUACAACCUCAGACUGCAGGGGAUGCUGGGGGAAUCAGCAGAGAGGAGUUCAUCGCCAAGAUUGCGAGUGACAUUCAAACGAAACUACCGCCAUUGUUCGAUGUGGAUAGGAUACGAAAGAACAUCGGUGAGAUAACACCGACAACUGUUGUGUUGCUACAAGAACUGGAUAGAUUUAACGUGUUGAUUAAGAAAAUGUCUACAUCGUUGAUCAACUUGCAGAGGGCAUUGGCAGGUGAAGUUGGUAUGAGUAAUGAACUGGACGAGGUGUCUAGGUGUUUGUUUAAUGGUCAAAUUCCAACAUCUUGGCGAAAGUUAGCACCAGCAACUCUGAAGUCCCUGGGUAACUGGAUGGAGCACUUUAUGAAGAGAUUGGAUCAGUAUAACCGAUGGGUCAACGAUGGCGAGCCCGCAGUCAUAUGGUUGUCAGGGUUACACAUCCCUGAAUCAUACCUUACUGCUCUUGUGCAAGCCACUUGUCGUAAGAACGGAUGGCCGUUGGAUCGUUCGACUCUCUACACGACCGUCACUAAGUACAAGACCCCUGAAGAAGUCACUGAGAGGGCGCACUCGGGAUGUUUUGUCAGCGGUUUGUACCUGGAAGGUGCCUCAUGGGACCUUGAGGGUUCUUGUCUUCGUAGACCAAGGCCUAAAAUAUUGGUAGAAGAGCUGCCUAUUUUGAAGGUUAUACCUAUUGAGGCACACCGCCUGAAGCUACAGAACACGUUCCGUACUCCAGUAUACACCACGUCCCAGAGACGUAACGCCAUGGGCGUCGGCCUGGUCUUUGAAGCCGAUCUAGCAUCCCUCGAGCACGAAUCUCACUGGGUCCUGCAAGGCGUUUGUCUCACCCUAAACUCCGAUUAGUAAACUGCAUCAUCGUCUUUCAUGUGUGAUCCUUUUGCAAAUCCAAAGUAAAAAUAUAAAAAGGAUUUUAAACUCUUUUCUUAGCUCAAGAAUAUUUAUUCGAAGUUUUGCUCUGUUUUGCACAACGAGUUAGUCGUUAAACGUAUUGAUGUCCAUCGAAAAAAUAGUGUGUAAUAUAUUUUAUUAUAUAUGUUGUAUUAAUAUUGUCAAAAUAAAUGGUUUUCAUU